UCUUGAGUGUUCAGGGAUGGGGACGUCUAGAUACUGGCAAUUAAUCUGUGUUCUUCUCCUCACAGAGUUAUAUCUUGUACUCUCUGUCACUGCUGACUGCCAGGAAAAUGAGUUUGAGCAUGAGAGUGGAACUUGUCUCCCUUGCAAGCAAUGUGGCCCAGGGCAGGAACUUUCUGAGGACUGUGGUAGUGGAAGAGACCUUCAGUGUGUCCCCUGUAGGCCUGGUAGAUAUAAGGAGGACCGUGGACACCAGCGAUGCCUGCGUUGCCUCCCCUGUUCUGUCAUCAACCGUGUGCUGAAAGCUAAUUGUACCCCCACAUUGAAUUCCAUCUGUGGAGAUUGUCUUCCAGGGUUCUAUAGUAAAACCCGUAUAGGUGGACUGCAGGAACUGGAGUGUUUCCCGUGUACAUCUCACACACCAUCUACAGAAUCUCAGUGUAAUGCCAAGCCUGCUCCCAAUCAGCCAGCCAGCACAGCUUCACCUCCUCGAGACCCUGUAGUUCUAGUGGCCGUUAUCCUGGUGGCACUGGCUCUAAUACUUGUGACAUUAGUAACACUCUCUGUGCUUUGCUGUGGACGCUUCUUCAAAAGCCAGUGUCAGAGGGCCUUUCAUAGGUCCCAGAACUUUGCAGGUCGACCUGGAAGGGUUGCAGAGUCGUGGGAGACCACAAGCCGCCCACAAGAGGAGCAGCCGAUACCUCCUUGUUGUUUUGGGUCACCAAGAACAUGCAGACAGGCACAGGGUCCACUGGAAGAAGUCUGUGUCACCUCAAACAAAGUCUCUCCAAGCACCAGAGCAAAAUGCAGUGAGAACUGUGCUCUUCAACCACGUCUAGAAUUAUCUCCUAUUCCACCAGCACCUGCCAAACCUCACUACACUCGCAGUAUAUCAGAAACACAGCCACUGAUCCGUAACUCUGGCUGCAGUGACUGCUUUUCCGGCUGCACCCCUACCUCAGAUCCCAGCCAAGCAGUUUCAGAACAUCAGUCUACACAGACCCACUCCUGUGCAUCAGAGCAACAUCACUGGUCUCAUGCUCCAGUUGAAUGCACUGAGCUGGAUUUGCAGAACUUUUCAACAGAGAAUGGAUUAUCUGACCAAAGUCUUCCAGAGAGUAGCCAUGGUCCUCUGUCAAUACCUGGCUCUCACGUCUGUGCAUGUAUGGACAUUAUUCAGGGAGGGAGCUCCUCACUUCCUCAGAGAGAUACAAGAACAUUGUGCAGACACCACCCUCAUACAAGCAUGCCAUGUGAAGACCCCACAUCCCACCUGAACAGUGCAGCUUUAGGUCUCCAUAUUUCUCGUAUUCCAAGUUCUUUGGUUCUGUCACUUGGACUCAGUCUGGAUCCUUCAAUGCCAGGGCUGAAAGACUUCAGGGAUCUGGGUGUAGCACUCGGAGUGUCCUCCCAGUUAUUGACUCACAUGCAAGGUUUUGUGGCUUUGCACGCCCACCUAUCCACCAGGAGUUCCUGCACUCUACAGGACCUGGUAAAGACUCUGCAGAACCUAGCACGUCAGGAUGCACUGUCUGUAAUAUGCAAGCACUUUGAACAAUAGCAAGGUCUUAAAGUGCAAAAACUUAUAAUAGUCAACCCUGUGGAAUGGCAAAACCCAAUUCAACAUGUAGCAUAGCUAAUUAUUUCAUUGCUACUAGUACCACAGCAGUGAUUCAGACAUCGU